AUGGCGGCAGCCACGAGGAAGUCAACAGCUGUGCUUCUGUGUCGCUGGGACGCCCACGGCCUGGCCCAACCCCACGCCACUGUGUGCCACACCAGCUGCCCCUCGGGCUGCCAGGCCGCCUGCCGCGUUCCCAGCUCCUGCCAGCCGUCCUGCUGCACGUCCAGCCCCUGCCAGGCGACCGGCAUGCCCGUGAGCCGCAAGCCAGGUGUAUACGUGCCCGUGAGCCGCAAGCCAGGUGUAUACGUGCCCGUGAGCCGCAAGCCAGGUGUAUACGUGCCCGUGAGCCGCAAGCCAGGUGUAUACGUGCCGGUGAGCCGCAAGCCAGGUGUAUACGUGCCCGUGAGCCGCAAGCCAGGUGUAUACGUGCCCGUGAGCCGCAAGCCAGGUGUAUACGUGCCCGUGAGCCGCAAGCCAGGUGUAUACGUGCCCGUGAGCCGCAAGCCUGCCGUGUGCCUGCCCGCGAGCUACAAGCCUGUGCGCGUGGCCUCCUCCUGCCACUCCUCCGUGUGCUGCCAGCCCUCCCGCCCUUCCCUGCUCUGCAGACCCGCCCCCUGUAGCACCCCUUCCGGCUUCCUAUGA